AUGACACUGUCCAACAAACGAAUAGAAGACAAGAGUUCUGAGAGUACAUUAUCUAUUUACCCUAUUGCAACAGGAACUGUAAAGAGAGAAGGUCAGUCUUGUUAUGAUACUGCCUGGUCUAUUAUUCUACUGCAUGAAAUUCUUUUUAUUUCAUAAAUAUAAUUGGUGCAAACAAUCAUUCAUCUUAAGGUUAUGUCUGGAACAGGAUUUUUGUUGACAGUGACUGACAUUUUAACAACCUUAGCUGUGGUAGUCCUUAGGUAAUUUGACAGUAAGAAUUAGUACUGUACACAGAGUUUGUAACAUUUAUUAGUGCAUCCCAUUACAGAACAUACAGAUACAAGGAGAUGCCAUGCAGCAAAGGUUAAGACUUUAAACAGGCUUUUGUUUUGGUACAGUGUUAUAGAGCUGCUCAGAGUGUAUAAGAUUGUUUCAGCUUUGAUUGAGUUUACACGUAUUUCUGCAGUGAAAAGGAUGUUUGUGAAAAAGCAGUUAAACAGCUGCAUUGAUGAAUAACUAAUAGUGUCCCCUGACAAAUUUUGUCUUUUGUUUGCCAUUAGGUCAAAUUUAAAGCAGUUACUUAGGAAUCUCAAAUUACCAAAAGGAAGAUAUAAAAAAAGUAGGAUAUGGGUGGGUGGCAAGAAGUACAACAUUUCUCUCGCAGGCAAUUUUCCUUUGAAACUAGAGAAAGUCAAGGAAAAAUUAAUUUUGAACCUGCAAAUCAUAAGACAAUUGCAUUCAAUAUAAGUGAAAAUUACAUUUGCAUAAUCAAAUUGUCAUUUUAUACAUAAAAAAGUCACUUAAGGUCAUAUUUUGAUGCAAUGAAAUUGUGCAAUGAUGCCAUUUGGUUAGAGAAAAAUUAUUAGAUAACAACUUAAGUCACCAAGUAAAAUAAUGUUUGAGAGUCAUCUUUAAGCUGAUCUUUAUGUAUGAUUCAAUGAUUAAAAAUUUCAAAGAAGCUGCUUGUAGAAUAGGUGUUUCUAAAAGAACUUCCUUGUUUCAAGCCCUUUUUCAACGUUGCGAUGAAAACUGGAUGUCCAUGAAAGUGACAUCCAUAAAUAUGAUGACGUUAGCACCAAAUCGUUUUGUUUAAAAAUACUGUGGUUUUUAAUGGAGAACUAUGGUUAAACUAAACGUUUCAUGUUACAUUAUAAUUUUGAUUUUCAUUAAACUCAUGCAGUUGUUUGAAUUAUGGUUAAAAGAUCAUUGCAUUCAUUAUUACUGGAAUAUGAGUCUUUUAGUAGUUGCUUACUUUGGGUACCCCCCUCAGUUUCGAACGGUGGAUCUGCAGUUAUGUCCUGAUGAUUUUUGAAACUUCAGUCCUUAUAUGUUUUGGCUAUGCACAUAAAAUCCCGGAGUAGUUUACAGGGUUUGCAAAUUCUAUUGAUGAGUGGAGUCAGUUUGACUUCUGCUUUACAAAUUUUGGAGGCAUUUUGGAAUAUUUGGAGUCAAGUUUCAGACUUGCCAGCACGUGGUCCUGGCAUGUAUACACUAUCGUGAGGGAUACACAAAGUAGCUGUGGCGGUCCGCCGACCUGGAAAGCUCAAAUCCACUGGCGGUCAUCGAGUAAACUUUGAUUGUAAUUUACCUGUUUACCCUCUUCCUGUUUUGUCGUAUAUAAUUCUUUAAUUUCGAAGACAUAAUUAUGUUUACAACCUUUACAAUUAACGUAAAGUGUAUUUGUUACCGAAAAUUUUCGGAGUCGAAGUGACUCCCUCAGUAACCUCAGUGGAGUCAUCUGAACAAUUUUGGAGUAAAAUACGCCAAAUUUGGUGUAUUUGCGAACCCUGAGUUUAUUUCAAAACUGGUCUUUUUUUCUGUUCUCAUGUGGAAUGGACCACAUACAGGUGGAAAAGCAGUCUACAAUUUAUCUAAGAUUAGGAAUUUUUUUUCAUGUACGUCAUAAAUUUUCUGUCCCUACAGUGACUCUUGAUUACAAGGCCAGUUGCUACCUCUGCUGAACAAAAAAGAACAGGAGGAUUUUAUUCUUGGAGGCAAAGGAUAUGGCAUGGAAUUUUGUGCAUUUUGUGAUGCAAUUAGGGUAACCAUCAAGGUUUCUUGCAUCCUUUAUUUUAAAUAUUCUUCUUCAGCAAUGAUUAGAUGGACUGAAAGAGCUAAAUAAUUAUGUUGUUAAGCUAAUUUUGCGACAGCUGAUAAAUAGUUUUGACUUGCAAUUGUUAUUAGAGGGCCACAAGAUUACUAGUUUCUGUAACUAUUCCGUGCUACCCUCUUUAAAUAAAGUGUAUUAUUAUUAUUAUUAUUAUUAUUAUUAUUAUUGUCAAUUCUGUAAUUUGAACAGCUACAGUAGCUGUUAACAGCAAUUUUGCUCUCACGCCAGUAAAAUUUAGUUAAUGGAAUGUGACACUAUAGUUAUCAGUAACCCUUCCAUGGCGGUUCGUUUUUCAAUGAAGCAGUUGUGUAGUCAUAAGUUGUUAAGGUCAGCAAGCUCUAAGAUACAUUGUAUUCUAGCGUAGAACUUUACAGCCUCGUCUUUGGCACGCUAGUACGAUCCACAGCAUUGGCCAAUUUUUUCAAAACAUUAUUCGUGGCUAAGAGUUUGCACGUGCAAUGCUAAGUUAUCUUGUAGUGCAGCCUUUUCUACUGGCUAUGCCAUCAGACGUUUGUCUAGCUAUAAAAGCCUAGAACAACUGUUCAGAGUUCACUUGGGUUCUGUUGUUCAGCAAGGUUAGUGCUCAGUACAGAUAUGUUAUUCUUGUAAAAUUUUUCCCUCCCUACACCCUCCCUUUGGAGAUGAGGCUUGGGCUUUGUUUUGUGCUAUGCCAUGAAAUAAACUAGGGACACACUUCGGCAGUGCGGUUAAGUCUGUGCAGCAACUUCCCCCAAGCUUGUUGGACGCGUUGCCGUUUAAUAUCACCUGCAAACCGAUACUCUUGCCCCUCAAGCACUUGCUGUAUUGCAUUCGGCUUGUAGUGCUUGGGAGAUGAAUGAGGUUCUUUGGUCAUGCCAUCACCAGAAGUCGCACAGGCUAACCUAGCGCAAGGCAGUGCUCCCGCAUUAAUGCCAACUUGUAAUUUUUUGUUUUACAAUUUAGUUACUUCACGUUGAACAUGAUGGUAAAGGAGCAGAGACAUUAAUAUCAGCUUUAUUUUUCUUUUCAAGAAUAAAUUUUGACUUAAAUUUAUUGCUAUUAUUAUUAUUAUUAAUAUUUGUAUUGUUAUAUUAUUUAGGCUUGUACAUGCCAUGGAGUUGAGGCAGAUGAAACUUGUUUGGAAUGUCUAAGAUCAAAAGCUAACAUUGGAAGGUGAGACUUAUGAGGAGAUACAUGGUACUAUCAGGUAUAUAUGUGAUAGUACAUUGCAGAUAAUCAUAAUUUUCCUUCAAUCUUUCAAUCUUUUAAUCUUUCUUUAUUUCACAUUAUAUAAGGCAUAUAUACAAGUUUACGUAAGUAGGAGAACAAAGUAGCUUAAUUUAUAUAUAUAUUAUCUAAUUUAAGGAUUUUUAGGAGUUUGAAAUGGGGAGUAGCACUCUCCCUAGGGCUUACUGUACUUUGCGAAACAAAACCAAAGCGAAACGAAACUGAAACAAAAUGAAACCAAAGUGAAACGUAAGCAGGUAAACAUGCCGGUUGUCAGAGACGUCUGGAAUGUGAGGUAUGGUGUUAGACUAUUUUAUAGUGGCUGUAUGCAUAACUGGUUUGGCCAUCAGCAAAAAUCAUCAAAAUACAAAAUUGAAGCCAGAGGGCCUGAAAAUAGCAUAAAUAUGCAUGAGAGAGGCUGUGUAAACCAAAAACCCAAAACCAAAAUAUGGAAAAUGUCCUCGUACCACCAUGCCCUAUACUAACAGUACUAAAGUUAUUGCAGCGGGUGGGGGGUGGGGGUGGGGAAGAGGGGUUGGGCAAAGUACGUUAAAAAAAUAUUUGUGCAAGGUAAGAUCUUAUGAAAAAAAUUACGCACGCCAAGUAGUCCUAAAGAAUAUUCCUCAAAUUCAUGCAAAGGGAAUAUUAACGAGAAAAAUUCAUGCGGCUCGAAAACUCCCCUAUCCCAUAAUGGUUUGUCCCUUAUCUUCUUCUUCAACCAGAAAUGUCACGCCGAUAUAAUUUUUUUUUCGCUGAUUUACCUGUUUAAAAAUUGUAAAGCAAGACGGUGCACUAUACUUAUCUGAUUUUCUUGUUUGAUUGCAGUUUUUAUUUAUAAUAUUUUUUGUUGCACUCCAUGGACAUCAAGAUUCUAAAAUUUAAAUAUAUAACAAAGGUCGGGUGAUUUUUUGUAUUUGAUUAUGGUGAAGGUCGAGAGGCCACAGGUUGACAUUUAGUGCCAGGAGCUUUCUUUGGCGGUCAAAGUUGUUGGUCACGAUGUUUAUUCUCUUCACAGGAUUCUCUCUGGCUGGGAUUCUCUGAUAAGAUCGAAAAUUGUGGGCUUUAGACUUUGAAGUAUUUUCCGGGCAUUUAGCGACUUUCAGCGCUGUAUGAAGAAGACGGCAGUAAUUAUUACCAGUAUGCUUAUUUAACUGCGGUAACUAUCACCCUGGUAACAUUUUUGGUUUGUUUUGUUUUGGUCAUCUUUUGUUUCGAUUUAGCAGUCUUGUUUCGUUUCGCAAACUACAGUUGGUUCGGUUUCAUUUCAUUUUGGUUUCGUUUCAUUUCACAAAGUACAGUAAGCCUCUCUCUAGGAUGUGCAAAGAAGAUGAGGUGGAGACAUUUGUUCUGCCUAAUACGAAGACAAUCUAAUCUGGUUUUGCUGGCAUAUCCCCAAGGAACCGUAACUCAAAUAGGGAUAUAUUAAAGCAUAAUAAAUUUGUUUCAGUAUAUUCAGAUCUCUGUAAUAUCUUACUUUUGAAAGGAUUCCUAAAUUUUUAGCUAAGUUAUUAUUUACAUGUUGUAUAUGUAGUUGCCAAUUGAGAUGUUUAUCUAAAUAAACUCCCAAAAACUUUAUGUAAUCUUUCUGUUCAGUACCAGUGAUAAUUAUCUUUGGGUGGCAGCUAGAUGAUGAGACUAACAUAUAGUUGGUCUUUGCACUGUUAAUGGGUAACCUAUUUAAAGCACAGUAGUUAUAAAUUUGUUUAAGCUCUUGAUUCAUUCUUAUUAUAUUUUAUUAUUUUAUUAUUUUAGGUGGUCAGACCUUCGAGAUGAUCUAAAUUUCCUUCUUGAGGACAAAUUGAGUAGCAUCAAUGUUUGCUCUCUCCUUUGUGAAAUGAGAAAUUGUGAGCAAAUUCUGGGCUCAUUGGGGUUAUUUGCUUAUCGUGUUGAAAGGCUAGACCAGUUAGAUGAGGCAUUGUCUGAUUUUGGUCCUGAAAUUGAUGGGGGUUUC